GAUAUUUAUAAAAGAAUAAGUUUAAACAUGCAAAAUAAUCUGCCAAUGGGGUCAGAAAAAUAAACUUGAAUUGGUACUUAAGUAAAAGGUCAAAUCAAGUUUAUUUAAGUUCGUUUUACUUAAAGUGAUAGUUCACCCAAAAAUGACAAUUCUGUCAUCAUUUACUCGCCCUCUCGUCAUCUCAAACCUGUAUGACUUUCUUUCUUCCGCAGAACAGAAAAGAAGAUAUUAUGAAAAAUAUUGUUGAUCAAACAGCAAUGGCAGUCAUUCACUUGCAUUGGUUUUGCGUCCAUAGAAGUCAAUCGGUGCCACCGCUGUUCAGUUAUCAACAUUCUUCAAAAUAUCUUCAUUUGAAAAUAACUUGCUGUACACAUUAGUAUUGAAAAUAUUUUCACAACUAAUCUUGCAAUAAAUCAUCCGUUGUAUAUCAUCGCCUGCCAAAUUCUCAGCAAGGAAAGAAAAUAACUGGUUCCGAUCACAAGAUAUAAGUAACACUAUACUGUGCAUAACAUUGGAGGCAUUAGAGCUAUUUAAGGACAAAACACAUUUUCCAGACGCUUUUGAAGUCCACUUUAACACAAGGGCAGAGACAUUUCAUUGGCCGUGAAGUAUGUCUGAGUGUGGUUGAUACCACUCCCACAAUCCCAUGUGAAACGCAUGUAUUGCGUUUUGAGGUGUACGUGUUUGAUGUAUUUAAUUUGACACAUCUUACACAGGAUCCCUCUUUUCCCGUGACCAGAACAAACCACGCCCAGCUCGAGGUUUUCCUGGUCUUGGCACUGUCUGAGUCAUAAUAAUACGUUAUAAAGCAUUCCCAUCAGCGAACACUUUCAACUUGAUGUCCUCUUGGACCGGCCAUUCAGAAGCUACGGUCUGGAGAGGGAAGAUGCACGUUUUGCUCUGUCUAGUUUGUGUCUUCAGUCUUUUUGGUCAGUAUCGUCUGACACCGUUACCACAAGAUGAACAUGAUCAAUCGAUUCAUGCAACCAAACCUGCUCAGAAUGACCUGUCCAUGGCAACUAAAUACCUGCAGCAUUUCUACAGUUUCCAAGCAGAUCCUGCAGGCCGCAGGAGGAGGAGCCGCCCAUCGUUCUCAUCCAAACUGAAGGACAUGCAGAGCUUUUUCGGACUCAACCGAACAGGAACCUUAAAUCCAGCCACCCUCAUUGUGAUGAGAACCCCGAGAUGCGGCGUUUCUGAUGUGGAGGACUACAGUCACAGACGUGGAAACAAGUGGAAGAAAAACCUCAUUACUUAUGGUGUUGGCCAGUAUACCGGUCACUUACCGGUGAACAUAGUGGACUCUCUGAUCUCAUCUGCUCUGGAUGUAUGGGCGAAGGCCAGUCCUCUUACUUUCCUCAGAUCAUAUUCUCACGAGGCAGACAUCAUGGUGGAGUUUGUAAGAAAUGAUCAUGGUGACUCCUUCCCUUUUGAUGGUCCAGAAGGCACACUGGCUCAUGCUUAUGGUCCAGGGGCGGGCAUCGGCGGGGAUGUUCACUUCGAUGAAGCUGAAUCCUGGACAGUGGGUUCAAAAGGGUUUAACUUGUAUCUAGUAGCUGCGCAUGAGUUUGGACACGCACUGGGUUUAAAACACUCACAAAAUCCUGAAUCGGUGAUGUACCCGACAUACAAAAACAGAAAAACGUACAAUGUGCUCUCCAGUGAAGAUAUCAUAAAUAUCAACACACUAUAUGGACCAAGAAACAAAAGGCCUUCUCCGUCUUCAAGAUUUAUCUGGAGCUAUCCCAGUGACCCCUGGCACAGCGGUUCUAAUUUCCCUGUAUCACUGAAGGAAACGUGUAAUCCGGACCUGACUUUUGAUGCUGUCACUACUGUAGGAGAAGCUCUUUUCUUUUUUAGAGACAAGUACUUGUGGAUUAAACACAACAACCAAAAUGAUAUAAAGGAAGGUCCUAUCAGCAAUUUUAUGCCAAAUGUUGAUUGCAAGAUCGAUGCUGCUUAUUGGGUGCCACAGCGAGCAACAGCUUAUCUGUUUAACGGGACUGUUUUCUGGACUGUUAAAGGAUCCCAGGUUAAAAGCAGAGCCAGAAACAUCAGGACUUUUGGGUUCCCAUCAUGGGUCCAGCACAUAGAUGCUGCAGUCCACAUUCACAGAACCGCACACACCUUAUUCUUCACUGAACACUUAUACUGGAGGUAUAACGAACAUUACAAGUCUAUGAAUGACUCGAGUCCACGUAACAUUUCUGAGGAUUUCCCGGGAAUAAAUGGGCCAAUAAAUGCUGCAGUUUAUAAAGAUGGUUCCCUCCAUUUCUUUGUUGGCUCAGAUGUGUACAAAUAUGACACCAAACAAAAGGAAAUUAUUGGAGUGUAUAAAACAAUGUCCUGGCUUGGGUGUUAAUGGACAAUCAUUUGAAUAACAGUUGCUUACACUAACCCAAUCUUAUGUCUUUUUUGUUGAAAUACAUUCUUCUUUCCUAGUUUAAUGUGCAGGCAACAUGUUUUCACUUUCUUGAGUGCAAACAAUGUUGCUCUUUUAAAACAACUCGUUUGAGUGGUCUAUGAAGUGGCUUAAAUGACUCCUGACUCAACCAGUGGUGCGAGUUCACAGCAGGAUUCAAAGGACAGCGAAUGGGUGUGGCAGAAGUAGCAGUGUUUUGGAAACCCAUGUCAAAACAAUCAUUACUUUUGGAGAUUUGUUUAGUGCCGAAGGCGGGAUAGAAAUUACACCACCUUUACUGAUUAUGUUGAGAAUUAUAAAGAAGCACGUCAUGUUUGUUCUUCACGUGAUAACUGCACCUACUGUGUAAUGUCUUCGAAACGUGCGUAUGUAAAUAUAAUGUGGUGUAGAAAAGGUUUUACAAAAGACAUUGUAAGUAAAAACGUAUGCCCUUGUUCUGACCUUCUAACUUGCCAUUACAGCUAAAUUCUGAUUUGAGAGCCUGUGUCCCAUGUGACUAUAUACUGUAAUAACUGUUCCAUAAGAUAUGUAGAGCUGCAUAAGCCAAAUAAAACAGAAAA